AUGUCCAGCACUGGGCAAGUGCAGAUGUGUGAUGAACAGACGUGUAAAGAGCGAGAGAGGGGUUAUCUGCCCAUCGAAAAUUAUGGCAUGAUUGGAAACAUGCGGACCAUCGCCAUGUGCGGAACAGACGGCUCCAUCGAUUUCUUCUGCUACCCUAAAUUUGACAGUCCCAGCAUAUUUUUGCGUAUUUUGGACCAGCAUAAGGGUGGUCAUUUUCAUAUUUCGCCAUUAGGUGAAACUCGUCACAAGCAGCAGUAUCUACCCAACAGCAACAUCCUGCAAACACGAUUUCUGUCUGAUCAAGGUGUCCUGCAUGUAACGGAUUACAUGCAUGUUCCCGCUCGCGAACCGCAUCGUAAGCCGCUUUUGCAUUGGCUGAUUCGUCAAGUUGAAUGUAUGCGUGGCAGCUACCCGACAAGAAUCGAGGUGUACCCGGCGUUCGAUUAUGCGCGAGCAAAGCACACCACGGAAAUGGUGGCAGAGGGUGGAGACGCUGGAACACUGCAACACCAUACCGAUGGUUCUGGUUCCGUGACUGGUGCCCAGCGUGUGGUCUUCACUUCUGAGAAUGGUCUACAAAUGGAUUUGCGGCAUGUUGUUCAUUGUAGCGAAUAUGCACUUGGAAUCGACCUGGCAGUGGCCGACGUGAGUCCGGAGGACGAGGUCCGGCCGGGGGAAACACGCAAUGUACCUUCGAUUCGCUGGAACAUUGAUCAGAAGAAAGAGAUGCUGGGACCCGGUGUGUGGGCUGAAGUGGACCUUCGAGAGGGCGAGCGGAUCACAUUUGCUUUUCGAGAGGUGCCUAAACAAACAGAGAAGGACAUGCUAGUAGAUCCACCGAUGAGCAAUGCAUUGAUGGAGAGCUUGUUGAAACAAACUUUUAACUAUUGGACGAGAUGGAUUGCGCAAAGCAAAUUCUCUGGUCGAUGGCGGGAGGUAGUCCAUCGCAGUGCUUUGGCACUAAAAUUGCUCAUAUAUGAGCCGGCGCUGUUGUCGCAGCACCUACCUUUGGUCUUCCAGAAGAGCUUGGAGGUGAAAGAAAUUGGGAUUACCGCCUUUACGAUAUACGCACUGAUUCGCAUCGGGCUCACCGAGGAAGCAGAAGGGUUCAUGAACUAUAUUGAAGCACGAUGUCAAGAGUUGACGCCAGAGGGGGCACUUCAAGUGAUGUACACGAUUGACGGGAAUCAUGAGCUACCAGAAGUUACUCUUGAUCACCUCGAGGGUUAUCGGCAGUCACGCCCAGUUCGAAUCGGCAAUGGCGCAUACGAUCACCUCCAACUUGACAUCUACGGUGAACUGCUCGACUCAGUCUAUCUGUACAAUAAAUAUCGAACUCCUGUUUCCUACGACACCUGGUGCCAAGUUAGACGUCUUGUCAAUUACGUGUGCAAGAACUGGAUGAAGGAGGACAUGAGUAUAUGGGAAGUGCGAGGAAUGAAGAGAAACUUUCUAUACAGCAAGAUUAUGUGCUGGGUGGCGGUUGAUAGAGGCCUACGACUUGCCGAGAAGCGUAGUCUCCCUUGUCCUGACAGGCUACAGUGGCUGGUGACUCGCGACCAGAUCUAUGAGGCCAUUAUGACGAAUGGGUGGUCAGAGAAGCGGAAAUGCUUCAUUCAAUCAUUCGAAGCUCAAGAAGAUGCUACAUUGGAUGCUGCUGUUCUGAUAAUGCCAUUGUGCUUCUUUAUUAGCCCCAGUGAUCCGCGAAUGUUGAGCACAAUUCGGCAAAUUAUGCUGCCACCUGAAAAAGGUGGACUGUUGGCUAACAACCUGGUAUACCGAUAUGACCACCACAUGUUUGAUGACGGACUCUCUGGAGGGGAUGAAGGAAGUUUCAGCAUGUGUAAGUGGGCACAUCAGCAAAUGGCUGCAGGCGCUUGUACGUUUUGGCUGGUUGAGGCUCUCACACGUGCUGGCCAGCAUCAUCCCGAGCUGUUGCAAAGAGCUAUCGUAAUGUUUGAACAGAUGAUUGCAUACGGGAAUCACCUCACACUUUUUAGCGAAGAAAUCGCAAGGAGUGGUGAAAUGCUUGGAAACUUUCCGCAGGCUUUCACUCACAUUGCGCUCAUGAGCGCUGCAUUCAAUUUGGACAGGGUAUUGUCUGGAUAUAAGUUCUAG